GGCUGCCUGCAGCAGCGGCGGCGCUGAGGGAGUUGCGCGGGCUCUGCCCGGCGCCUCCGAUGUGGCGAGAAGCGAUGAUGGGGAGGAGGAGACGCCGUUACCUGCUGGAGCGGGCAGAGCAGGCGGGCGGCUGCGGGGCGGGCGGCGAGCACUCCCGCUCCCGGGACUGGCUCUACGAGUCCUACUAUUGCAUGAGCCAGCAGCACCCGCUCAUCGUCUUCCUACUCCUCAUCGUGAUGGGCGCCUGCCUGGCCCUGCUCGCCGUCUUCUUCGCCUCGGGGCUGGAAAUUGAAGACCACGUGGCAUUUUUAAUAACUGUUCCAACAGCUCUAGCAAUUUUUUUUGCUAUAUUUAUCCUUGUCUGCUUAGAGCCUGUCUUUAAGAAGCUGCUCCGUGUAUUUUCGUUGGUGGUCUGGGUAUGUCUUGUUGCCAUGGGAUAUCUCUUUAUGUGUUUCGGAGGAAUCAUCUGUCCCUGGGACCAGGUAUCAUUUUUCUUGUUCAUUAUUUUUGUGGUGUAUACCAUGCUGCCCUUCAACAUGAGGGACGCUAUAGUUGCCAGCGUCUUGACCUCUGCAUCUCAUACGAUUGUGCUGAGCGUCUGUCUAUCAGGUACAGCUGUUAUAAAGGAGCACUUGGUUUGGCAGAUAUUGGCUAAUGUAAUCAUUUUCAUCUGUGGAAACUUGGCUGGAGCAUACCACAAACACCUGAUGGAGCUGGCACUGCAGCAGACAUAUCAGGACACAUGCAACUGCAUCAAAUCCCGGAUCAAGUUAGAAUUUGAGAAGCGGCAACAGGAGCGUCUUCUUCUUUCUUUACUGCCUGCUCACAUUGCCAUGGAAAUGAAAGCAGAGAUCAUUCAGAGGUUACAAGGUCCCAAGGCAGGUCAGCUGGAAAAUACAAACAACUUCCACAACUUGUAUGUCAAACGACACACCAAUGUAAGCAUUUUAUAUGCUGAUAUUGUGGGAUUCACUCGCCUGGCCAGUGACUGCUCACCAGGGGAGCUGGUGCACAUGCUGAAUGAGCUGUUUGGCAAGUUCGAUCAAAUUGCAAAGGAAAAUGAAUGUAUGAGAAUUAAAAUCCUAGGUGACUGCUAUUACUGUGUUUCUGGACUACCUAUUUCUCUUCAAAAUCAUGCCAAGAAUUGUGUGAAAAUGGGACUGGACAUGUGUGAAGCCAUUAAGAAAGUGAGAGAUGCAACUGGAGUCGAUAUUAAUAUGCGUGUAGGAGUGCACUCUGGAAAUGUACUCUGUGGAGUUAUUGGGCUACAGAAGUGGCAGUACGAUGUGUGGUCUCACGAUGUCACUCUGGCAAAUCACAUGGAAGCUGGAGGGGUCCCAGGCCGUGUUCACAUCACUUCAGUCACCUUGGCACAUUUGAAUGGAGCUUACAAAGUGGAAGAUGGGGAUGGAGAUGUGAGGGACCCAUAUCUGAAAGAGCAUAAUGUUAAGACUUACUUUGUAAUCAAUCCUAAGGGAGAGAAGCGAAGUCCUCAGCACCACAUUAGACCUCGACAUACUCUUGAUGGAGCCAAAAUGAGAGCUUCUGUCCGCAUGACCCGGUACCUGGAAUCUUGGGGAGCAGCCAAGCCAUUUGCACACUUGCACCACAGGGACAGCAUGACCACUGAAAACGGCAAGAUUAGCACAACAGAUGUUCCCAUGGGGCAGUAUCAUUUUCAGCGUUGCAGAGAGAGAACAAAAUCUCAGAAAAGAAGAUUUGAAGAGGAACUGAAUGAGAGGAUGAUUCAGGCCAUCGAUGGAAUUAACGCUCAAAAGCAGUGGCUUAAAUCUGAAGACAUUCAAAGAAUAUCACUUCUUUUCUAUAAUAAGACUCUGGAAAAAGAAUACAGAGCAACCACUCUGCCUGCGUUUAAGUACUAUGUGACUUGUGCCUGUCUCAUAUUCUUCUGCAUUUUCGUUGUGCAGAUUCUGGUAUUGCCAAAAACAUCUAUUCUUGGAAUUUCAUUUGGGGCCGCAUUUCUCUUGCUCGCUUUCAUUUUAUUUAUCUGCUUUGCUGGACAGCUUUUGCAAUGUAGCAAGAAAGCAUCAGCUUCACUGUUGUGGAUCCUGAAAUCAUCUGGAAUAAUUGCAAACCGUCCUUGGCCACGGAUCACUCUCACAUUGACGACCACUGCUAUAAUAUUAACUAUGGCUGUGUUCAACAUGUUUUUCCCGGAUAAUGCUGUGGCAGCCUUUCCCCCAGUUCUUAAUUCAUCAAAUGCAAGUUUUCCUAAUUUGAGUAAUCAGACACGGUGGUGUUUACAAAACAACUGUUUUUUCCUACCGUAUUUUAUAUACAGCUGCAUAUUAGGGCUCAUUUCCUGUUCCGUUUUUCUGAGGAUAAAUUAUGAGCUGAAAAUGGUCAUCAUGUUGAUUGCAUUAGUGGGCUACAACGUUAUCCUUCUGCACACUCACGGGGCCAUGCUGGAUGACUACAGCAAAUUUAUGUAUGCAACAGCACCCCUCAAAAGGCCUGGAAUACUGAAAGACCUGAAGACAAUGGGCUCAAUUUCUUUGUUUAUAUUCUUCGUCACGUUACUGGUUUUGGGUAGACAGAAUGAAUAUUACUGUAGGUUAGACUUCCUGUGGAAGAACAAGUUCAAAAAAGAGCGGGAGGAGAUUGAAACCAUGGAGAACCUAAAUCGAGUGCUUCUGGAGAAUGUGCUUCCAGCCCAUGUAGCUGAACACUUCUUGGCAAGAAACCUGAAGAACGAGGAUCUAUAUCAUCAGUCAUAUGACUGUGUCUGUGUCAUGUUUGCCUCUAUUCCGGAUUUCAAGGAAUUUUAUACAGAAUCUGAUGUAAAUAAGGAAGGCUUGGAAUGUCUCAGGCUGCUAAAUGAGAUCAUUGCUGACUUCGAUGAUUUAUUGUCUAAGCCAAAGUUCAGUGGAGUUGAAAAGAUAAAGACCAUUGGAAGCACAUACAUGGCAGCAACAGGAUUGAGUGCUACGCCCAACCAAGAACAGUAUCAGGAACCUGAACGACAGUAUAUGCACAUAGGAACCAUGGUGGAGUUUGCAUUUGCCUUAGUGGCGAAACUGGAUGUCAUAAACAAGCAUUCUUUUAAUGACUUCAAGUUACGAGUAGGUAUUAACCAUGGACCUGUAAUAGCUGGAGUAAUUGGAGCUCAGAAACCACAAUAUGAUAUCUGGGGUAAUACAGUAAAUGUGGCCAGCAGGAUGGACAGCACUGGUGUCUUAGACAAAAUACAGUGUUGGUUUUGUCUUGAUGCAGGUUACAGAAGAGACAAACAAUGUCCUGCAAACACUGGGGUACAUGAGCACUUGCAGAGGAAUCAUAAAUGUAAAAGGAAAAGGAGAACUGAAGACAUACUUUGUACAUACAGAAAUGACAAGAUCCCUUUCACAAGGGAAUGUGGCAUCUUGAAGAAUGCUUGUACAUGUCAUUGAUACCAUAUUUUCAGGAAAGUAUCACGCACUUUUUAACUACAUUUUGGCCCUUAACAUGCGUGCUAUUUUCUGAUAUGUGGCACUUAUUUUAAUAUGGCUGCAGAAUAGUCCCAUGAGCCAUCAUUUUGCACCUUGAUAUUCCUAUGUUCAAGGACAGUUGUGAUGUACACUAUAGGACUGGAAGAUUGUACUGCAACUUGCACAGUUAUUCCAGGACAAGAAAAGAAGGAAUAGGAUAAGGAGGUAACUCAUCCUGAAAGGACUAAAACGAGAUGUUGGUGACAAAUAUGGGGAAAAAAGGCAAUAAAGCUAGGGGUGCAUACUAUUUCCUGAUGCAUGGUGUUUUCUGGAAAAUACAGUCGCUCCCCAAUAGCAUCCACUAAUCUGGUAUUAAAGCAUACAGUAUUUGUAAAUAGGUUUACUCGAUCCACACAUGAGUUGGAUGUGAUCACCAGUUGCAUCUCAUAGCCAGGGACACGUUGGGUGGCUUGCUGGCAUUCUUUCUGAAGAGAGAACUAAUAAUGCUGGAAUAGUUUUGUACAAACGUGUCAAAUGUUUUGAAGCAAUUGUCUUUUGUAAGGUUAAUUCAUUAAAGGUUUAUAUGUAAUUUGUCUUACUGUUGCUGUCUCUUAGUUUUGCUUCCUUUUGUGGCUUCUGUACCUCUACACCUGAGCAUCUUCUGCUGCAGCUGCUGUAUUUUAUUCAGUGAUUAGAUAUUGAAGCAGGCUGUGGCCAGCUAUCUCCUCAGCUUAGGUCAUUAAUAUCUGUAAGAUUUGCUUCUGCCUUUCAGAAAUUGAAUCAACUUUUUUGUCUUCAGUCUUUCUUAGUAUCCUAGGCAGUCCUUUGGUCCCUAGGUGACAGAGAAGACUUCAAGUCCCAAACAUGAAUGAGAACGAAGUGGAGGAUACUGGAGACAUAAGCAGUGUUGCUACUCUGCAACGGGCCUGCAGUGCUUAAACAGUAACUAAGAGAAGAUGUAGGAAAAAGGAAACAUUUGUGUUUUGUACUUUGACCACCUCAUCUGCCCUUGCAUGCCUUUCACUUAUCUUUACAGUGCCCAAUUUCAUGGGAUAUUUAAAAUAAUCAAAUUUAUCAGAACAUAAUUGAUACAGUCUGUCUAUUUUUGAAGAUACAAAAAAUUGCUAUUUUGUGGAUAUUCAAGAUCAAUUUAAAUCUUGUUGAAUAGUAACUUGCAGAUUUUCACAGGUGAGCAAAUGUGAGAGACUGAAAAAGCAGGUAAACAUGCUCCUUUGAAGGCACUACAAAGAUUAUUUUUGUUUUGCCAUUAUCGGUACUUGAUAUCAACGUGUUUUUAGUCAUGAUAACAGGCUAACAAACCAAAAUUAAUAAGUCUCACACUCAAAAAUAUAGCUAUAAUAUUUUUUCUGUCAUGGUAUUGAAAUGUAAAGAGCAUUCAUUGAACAAUCUUUCAGAUUCCAUAUUCGUGAAACAUUUAUAUACAUUUGUAUUGCAUUGGUGUCCUUUCAGAAGGAGUUCCCAAAAUAUUCCCAAUACAAAUGGCAUCAGGCUGCACAGUCUCAUUGAGUGAGGUGAGGUUACCAACAGCCGCCAGCUGCCCUCUAGCAAAUUGGAAUAGCAGUCAGUCUUGAAAUGUCUACAUUUGAAAUGAAAUAGACACCUUGAAUUUUUAAAAUUUCUUAAAAAUUAAAUUACAUUGGGAAAAGUAGAGAACAACUUAGAUUUUGAAUGUACUCUGAGCCUUUAAAACCGUUCUAGUGUUAUCACAGGUCAAAGCAAUCAUUUCUUACUGUGAAUGAAAACCCUGUAAGUUGAUUAUAUUGUACUGUCAUAUCUGUGUGCAACUGUCAGGUAUAAUCUGUACAUUCAGGGUUUUGUUUUCAUUUGUAUUCUUGCACAUUCUGUGCACCAUUAGUAAACUGUGUACCUAAUUUGAUAGACUUGUUUCUAUAAUUUUUAUAAAAGUUAAAGUAUAUAAUAUUUCUGUAACCCAUAAAACAUUAAAUUAUUUGAAUAGCUGUGAGCUGACCGUUCCAACGAAGUGUAAAGCUAAGUAUGUGCCCUCCAAGAACGUGUUGAUAAUGCCCUUGUCUGUGACACUCUGGUGCCCUUGUAAUACUCUGGUAUUCUCUCAUUUUGUACUUGCAUUCUAACUCUCGCUACUGUGUAGCCAAAUCCUGCUAAAGAACAAAAAAAUGGGCAAAAGAUGAAUAUACGUGUAGUAUGAUGCCCAAAGAAGGGUGCAUAUUAUCCUUUCUCCAGCCUUUAGUUGCUGAGUAUUAUUAUCUUUCUAGUGCCAAGAAGCUAUUUGUA